AUGGUAGUUACGCGACUGUAUCGAAAGAGGAUGCAGCCAUCUCAACACUUUGUUCGCUCUAUAUCCAUUCUAUCCACGUCUCCUCCAUCUGCUUUAUCAAUACAAGGCUCUGAAUCGCCAUCCAAUCCUUCUAAUCCCGGCUCAUUCAAGACUCUCGCACGUACAUUUUCAGCCAUUGAGGAAGUGAAAAACUCACGUGUAGCCAGUGUACAACUGCUGGCCAAUGGGUAUCGCCAACUCCUGGCCCUUCCGACGUCUCAGGAGCUGGCGAGUGCCUUGUACCUCACGGCAUCGCAGCUGGCGCCGUCAUAUGAAGGCGUGGAGCUUCAAUUUGGAGCUAAGAGGUUCGUUAACUUUUUGAAGCAAUUGGAUGUGCAGCGGGAAGAAGAUUCGACGAUGGAGAAGUUGUUGGCGAUGUAUCCGGACUACGGACAGGCUACUCAAGCUUUGCUGGACAGUGGACGUAUUGUAAUCCCAGUGCUAGGAGAAAACGAAACGCUGCUGAGUAUCCAGACGGUGUAUGAACACUUGAUGACAAUUGCAAAGGAUGAAGGAGCUGGUGGAGUUGCUAGAAAGCAGCAACUGGCACUGAGACUACUUCAGAGAUGCAGGUGCACCGAAGAACGAGUUUUUCUGGUUCGAAUGCUAGCGCAUCAAAAUCUGCGCAUUGGAAUGGGUGAAAAGUCGAUUCUUUCGGCACUUGCAAUGGCCAGCGCUCCGUCAAUUGGAGAAAGUACUCAAAGCCAAGACGUUACUGCACUCUUUGCUAAAGACAAGAGUUGGGUGGACUGCGUGACACUGGCAUACGCUCAACAUCCCAACUACCGUGUUCUGGCCAAACUACUGCAUGCCAGUCAGCACAUCAAUGAUAUAGGGCGAAGGAUUGAAUGGAUGCACAACAAAGCUCGCCCCGUGACGGGUGUACCAGUGCUGACAAUGUCUGCUUACCCCGUAUCCAGCGUCGCGGCGGUUUUGGACCGUAUCGGCAAGUCAACCAGUCGCACAGCCACCUGCGAAUACAAAUACGAUGGUGCUCGUGUUCAGGUGCACUUGUCAAUGCCAGACAACAGCAACAGCACAUACUCUAUUAGACGCAUUUUUAGCCGUAAUAUGGAGGACGUCACUGAGCGAUUUUCGUCCUUGUUGAACGUGUUGGAAAAGCGCGUGACAGCUCGCAACUCAAGUGCACAAGGGUCAACCUAUGGGAGAUCAUUGAUUGUGGAGGGAGAAGUCGUUGCGCUGGACCGGCAGUCCGGAACAUUUCGUCCAUUCCAAGUGCUGCAGACGAAAACUACGACUGAGUUCUGUCUGUUUUUAUUCGAUCUGCUCGCUGUCAAUGGCACUAAUCUUCUUCAGAAACCUCUUCGUAAGCGACGAGCCUUAUUGCACAAUCUGCUUGAGGAAGAAUCUGGAUACGUCGAGUUUGUGAAGCACGUCGAUAUUAGCUUGGCAUUUUGUGAAAGUGUGCCUAUUGAAGAGGAUGCUACCAAAAGGGUGGAUGCCGAAACAACUCAUGUAGCAACCCUUGUACGGAAUUGUCUCGAAAAAGCAGUGGCCUCUGGGUGUGAGGGAUUAAUGGUCAAGGCACUAGACGACACAGACUCUGAGUAUAAAGCCGGUCGCCGAUCGUUUUCUUGGAUGAAACUCAAGCACGACUACUUGUUGGACGAGCCCACUACAACAAGCCAAAGGAAAUCUGGUAGAGGAAAUGGAACAUUUCUCGGCGAUACGCUGGAUCUGGUUCCCAUUGGCGCAUUUUAUGGCAAGGGCCGGCGUGCAGGAGUGUAUGGAUCGUUCCUCAUGGCAACGUACAGCACCAGAAGCGGCAAAUUCGAGACUAUCGGGAAGGUAGGAACGGGCUUUACUGACGCACACCUUACGGAAGUCGCAGCACGUCUUCAGAAACAAGUUUUACCUGCAACGAAUGACGUGCCAGAGCAAUAUCAAUGCUACAGCACUCGAAGUCGCCAUCCUGAUGUUUGGCUCUCGCCGACGGAAGUGUGGGAGAUCAAAGCCACUCAGCUGACGAAAUCUCCUUCAUACACGUGCGGCGCUGUCGACUCGGCUGGCGUUGCGGCUGCAUCAACUCCUCGAAAAGGACUAGCGCUUCGAUUUCCUCGAUUUGUUCGGUAUCGACCCGAUAAGAAACCUUUGCAAGCAACGGAAAGUGAACAAGUCGUAGAGCUCUACCGACAGCAGCAACAAAAAGUUCCUCACUAG